AUGGCGACCUCGGUUCAGACGCGACCCUAUGGCUCCGUGACAUGGCUAGAGCGCCUUCAUAUGGUCUUUGUCUUUCUACCUCUCCCGGUUGUUUCGAUUUAUCGCCUUCUGUCAUCCUUCUUUGUCCAGCACGAGAAACACAAAACAUGGCGACGCGUUCUGGCCGACUUCAGUUUCCGCUACAGCAGCUCUUCUCUACGCGUUAAUCAGAUACAGAGCUUGCUAGGAAGCGACUUGGACGUGUACACCAAAUGGGCUAAACGCCAGAAAGUCGAGAAACUGGUGGAAGAGCUGGAUAAAGAUUCGAGUCUUAUGUGGCUUUCAAAGAAGAGUACGGAGAAAGUCAUUUUGUAUAUUCACGGAGGUUGCUAUUGCCUUCCAAUUCAAGACUUUGCAGCCGACUACUGGAAGAAAGCUGUAGACUCCAUCAAUCAAGACUUUCCAUCUGCUCAAGUCGGACUAGUUGCGCUCGCUUAUCCGCUAAUUCCCAACGGAAACUUCCCCUCUCAACUCAAACCCAUCAUCCUCGCCAUCCAGCACCUCCUCUCCCAAGACACGAAACCCGAAAACAUCCACAUCGCCGGUGAAUCUGCAGGCGGAGGUCUCGUCCUCCAGCUCCUCUCUCACCUCCUCCACCCCGUUCCAGACUCCUCUGUGCCCAAACUCACUCUCCCGGAAGGAACAAAACUCGGAAGUAUGUGCAUCAUGUCCCCCAUCGUCUCACUCAACACCAAAGCCGCCUCUCAUCGGGAGAACACCGACAAGGACGUCCUCCCUGACUGGUCGUGGGGCGAACUCUUCGAGUACGUUCUACCUUUCCUGAGGACCUCCGAAGACGCAGCUCCAUACGCCGAAGCAUUGAACACACCCGAGGGGUGGUUCUCUGGUGCCGAAGGCGUUGUAGGGCGGGUGUGGAUGAGCGUCGGAGAGCACGAGUGCAUGAGGGACGAUGUUCAGGCCGUGAUGAAGAAGAUCCCUUCGCAACAACCUGGAUUCCUCACCACGUUUGUCGAACCGAACGGGGUGCAUAACAGCCAGUAUCUUGAUUGUAUGGCCGGUGAAGCCAAUGAACUUCACGUCAAGAUCGCUGAAUGGGUUAGGGAAGGGCUUCAACUGUAGUUUAUAUAGCCGUUCAAUGAUGUGCCUACUCGUAUUGACCUUCGGCACCCGCUUUUGAAGCCGCCGUAAUACAAACCACCUCAUCUCACCUUA